CGAGAGGUGGGGUUUCGGUGUCGCUCCCGCCGCUUCCUCUCCCGCUCCCCACAGUCAAAUAGGCCGAGGUGGGAUAAGACUGAUAGGAGUGCGAGAAGCCGCUUUGUGACGUCACCUUCAGCUGCAGGUGGGAUAGAAACCUAUUGAGAGACAAUGUCCAUUCCAUUCUCCAACACCACUCAACGCAUUCCUCCAGGAUUUGCAAAUCUGCUCGAAGGGCUUGCCAGGGAAGUCUUGAGGAGCCAGCCUGCGGAUAUACCAAGCUUUGCAGCCAAGUAUUUUGAAACUCUUCUCAUUGAAAGAGAAAAAAGUGGUUAUGAUCCAUGUGAAUGGGGAGCAAAAAUAGACGACCGAUACUACAAUAACCAUGCCUUCAAUGAACUUGCACCACCAGGAGGUGGCGAUAAAGCAGAGGAGAAGAAGGAAGGAUCUGAGGCACAGCCAGAGGGAAGAGUGGAGAAACCACCAGCAGCUAUGAGUAUUAUGAGCCUAACUGAAGAAGAGGCUGCUACAAAAAUUCAAGCCACAUACAGGGGAUACAGAUCAAGGAGGAACACAAAAUCCACAAAAGAAGAAUUGGAAGAAGUGAGGGAGGAGGAGAAGGCACCGGGAAAGGAGGAAAAGCCAAGUGAACCUGAAAAUAAAGAGCCACAGUAAUGCUACACAGCAACCUGCCAGCAAUCAAGUUUAGAAGUGGCGUAAGGCAAAGCCCCUGGGUCUGCUUUAGGAGCAUGUGUCACGUUUAUGAAAUAAACAAUAACCUUCAAAAAUG